CUGCAACCCGAUUCUCGGCGCCCAAAGCCGAUAUUCACAUACCAGUACAUAUAUACCCUUUGAUUGUCUGAGGUCAUCGCACUCUAUGACAUUCUGAAACAACGAGCGAUAAGGGCAACUGUUCGUCUGUAAUAAUCGAUAGGCAGCAUCUACCAUACUCUAUGGGCUGCGGGCCAGCAAUGGGAAACGUACACUGCAUGCGUUGUGACUUAACUCUCUUCCAUCCACCAGCGCGUCGCCGCCGGGGCUCGGCAUUCAUUCUCCGAAGAGCUUCCUUAAUCCACCAACCCAUCCACCGCCUCGUGUCUCUCGUUCGGCCGACUCGUGGUAUAACUACCCCCCAGCCUUCCGUCCUCCUACUGUCACCUACUCCUCGUCCGUCGACUGCCGGAAUACACGCCUCGUACACUUGGGAUUGCUCUAUCUUUUAUUCUUGAUACUACUACGCGGGCACUCGCGAUAUUUCAACAGAACUUCACAUCAUGAUAGGGCGACGCAAGAUUUUCACGGGGACAUUCGUGCACACGCCAUCACCCAGCGUGCUCUCGAUCCUCGAGAAUGGGGCGAUCUUCGUCGACCAAUCCGGCACCAUAGUACACAUCGACCACGACGCCUCCUCGCCCGACGCCCGCCUCAACAACGACCUCGAAGAGUGGUCCGGCGCUGAGAUGAUCUUCACCCGCCCCCGCAACAACGAAUUCUUCUUUCCGGGGUUCGUGGAUACCCACAUUCACGCGGGCCAGUAUCCGAACGCGGGUCUGUUCGGGAAGUCGUCGUUGCUCGAGUGGCUCGAGGAGUAUACGUUCCCGCUGGAGGCGUCGUUGGCGGAUACGGACGUGGCUAGGCGAGUGUACGGCAGGUGCAUUGCGAGGACACUGGCGAAUGGAACUACCACUGCGGCGUAUUUUGCUACGAGGAAUGUGGAGAGCACCAAUCUGCUCGCCGAUCUGUGUUUGAAAGCAGGGCAACGCGCGUUUAUUGGCAGGUGCUGUAUGGACCAGAAGACGCCGGACUACUAUCGGGACGCGGAUGCGGAAACGGCGAUUAGGGAUACCGAAGCUUGCAUUGAGCACUGCCGACAGGUAGAUCCCGAGCGGAAACUUGUGUGUCCCAUCGUCACGCCGCGAUUCGCUCCUUGCUGCUCACCCAAACUGCUGGUGGGGCUCGGCAAUCUGGCGAAGCGGAAGAAUUUGCCCGUGCAGACACAUAUCUCGGAGAACAAGGCAGAGGUGGAAUGGGUGAAGGAGCUAUUCGCCUCCUCGAAGAGCUACGCCGACGUCUACGAUUCCGCCGGGUUGCUGCAUGAGCGCACUAUCCUAGCUCAUGCUAUACACCUUACCGACGACGAGAUCGAGCUCAUCCGUGUGCGAGACGCGAAGAUUAGUCACUGUCCGGUGUCGAACUUGGCGUUGACGAGUGGCUGCGCCAAGGUCAAGGCGUUGAUGAAGAAGGGCAUCAAGGUCGGCCUCGGAACGGAUGUGAGCGGCGGUUAUUCGCCCAGCAUCCUCGAGUCGGUGCGGCAGGCGACGCUUGUCAGCAGGAUGGUUGCGUUGAUGGAUGGCGAGGAGGCGAAACUGAGCGUUACAGAGGCGCUGUAUCUCGCUACUCGAGGCGGUGCUGAUGUGGUCGGAUUGGGAGACAAGAUUGGUACGUUCGAGGUCGGCAUGCAGUGGGAUGCGUUCAUGGUGGGCAUGGGUAAUGUGCCCGAGCAAGAGGCUCCAGCGGUGGAAUCCGAGCUCUGCAGGAAACGACCGAGACCGGAGUCGGACGAGGAUGAAGAUAUUGGCAGGGAGAAGAUGCUCCUGCCAUUCGAUGGCUCAUGUUCCGAAGACGAGGCGCCCAACGGUGUCGACGGAGAGGGGGCAGUGAAAGAUGGCGAAUCCAAACCUCUCACAGCCGGGAUAGAUUUCGGGCUCGACGGCGGACCGGUGGAUAUCUUUGGCUUUGAGAGCUGGGAGGAAAAGGUGGCGAAGUGGGUGUACAAUGGUGACGACAGGAAUACUAUGAAUGUAUGGGUUGCUGGUGUUGAGGUGUACAGAGCGGGCGGGAUACCCCCAACAUGGGCGCUGGAUCUCACGUCAUGAGAGUAGCAUGCGUUUUUUUGUAUUGGUUUGAUCAUGACCGGUUUUGCUCAUGACUGGCAUUUUGUCUAUGGCAGUGGUUUUAUUUGGAGCCGAGCAGUUUUAUGUAUACAACCUAGAGAGAUAGACAAUUGGGUAUCGUACCUAAGCACAGUAGCGGAGAAGCUGGUGAAUCGUUUCCACACUCCUAAAAUUUGCCGUAAUCAAA